AUGACCUCAUUUUGUGUCAACAGCUUCGACGCAGUGAGCACAGAGUGGGGCUCGCAGACACUGUGUGACUUUACCACAUUCGUCCCAGUCUCUGUGGCCAUCUUCUCCGUCAUCAUUGGUUGGUCAACCUUCACCAUCUGGCCUGCCAUGAUGUCAAUGGGGUAGGUGGCCGUGUCUGCUGACACUGGAAACAGAGUUCAGCUUAGUUUGUUUUGUCUUAACAUCACCGUCUUAAAACCCCUGUCUUAACAUCACCGACACAGCUUCACUGUCUUAACAUCACUGUCAUAACACAACUGUCUAAAAAUCACCGACACAGCAUCACUGUCAUAACAUCAUUGUAUUAACACCCCUGUCUUAACAUCAUUGUCUUAACAUCCCUGUCUGAACACCACUGUCUUAACAUCACCGUCUUAACAUCACCGUCUUAACAUCACUGUCUUAGCACCAUUGUCUUAACACCCCUGUCUUAACAUCAUUAUCUUAACACCUCUGUCUUAACAUCAUUGUCUUAACACCCCUGUCUUAACCCCAUUGCCUUAACACCCCUGUCUUCACAUCAUUGUCUUAACACCCCAGUCUUAACAUCAUUGUCUUAACAUCACUGUCUUAACAUCAUUGUCGUAACAACUCUGUCUUAACAUCAUUGUCUUAACACCUCUGUCUUAACAUCACUGUCUUAACACCAUUGUCUUAACACCCCUGUCUUAACAUCAUUGUCUUAACACCCCUGUCUUAACACCAUUGUCUUAACACCCCUGUCUUAACAUCAUUGUCUUAACACCAUUGUCUUAACACCCCUGUCUUAACAUCAUUGUCUUACAACCUCUGUCUUAACACCUCUGUCUUAAUUCAUUGUCUUAACACCCCUGUCUUAACACCCCUGUCAAAACAAAUGUAUCCACUCCAAACGUCUACACGCCACCUUCGUAGUUUCCUAUUAAAUUAUCCACAAAGUGGCGUAGCUAGGGUUGGAGCCCCCCGGGGGCGGGCCAAGAUUUUUACAGCCCCUUUCCACCAAAAGAAAACAGCAACAACAACGCUGCAGUUGGAGAACAACACCACCCCUCCAUAGAAAGCAAAGAGUGUCACCCUGGGCGGAUCACACCCCUGCCCCCCCCCCCCAACCUUCAUAAGCAAUGGUAUCUUUAUAAAGUUGUGCACAUCCAUUUGAAGUAGCUCACUUAGGACAUAUCCGUGUAGUACGUCAUAACAGUGUACUACGUCAUAUCCGUGUAAUACGUCAUAUCCGUGCUAAACUGCAAGCAGCAACUUCCUCACUUGAACUAAAAACCUUGAUCUAACCACUAAAGUGGCUUAUAUACCCAUGCUGUUGCUCUACCACUCACCAAUACACACAGUACAGGGCAGUGCCAAGGGGGAAGCCGUCCGGUGCGCCAAACAGUCAAUUAUCUCUAGAUAUUUAUGUGUGCGAAUAUACACAUAGGCCUUUAAUAAAUCAUUUAUUGAUGAAAAGGGGGCGACACUUUCAGGAUUCGCCCUCGGGCGCAGAGUUUCCCUCGCAAGGCAAAGUCAAUAAACGUAAACUAGUGACCUUAACCCACAUCAUUAGAUACAGAAGACACUUACGUAGCACACUGAAGACUUAUUCACGUGCUUAGCGCUAUACUAUAAUCAUUUGGGUAGCACUACAAUCAAAAAUACAAACUGUACAGCUAUCCAUUUAUUUAAUUUAACAUCCAUUUUUGAUUAGCGCUUUAUUAAAUAACAAUACCCGUACAAAUUAUUCUAUAAUAAAUGACCCAUUUAAUAUGAGUCUAUUUUAGCUGUGAGUUACAUGCAGAUGCGUAGUUAAACAAAAAAAAAAGGGGGGGGGGGAGGGGGGCUGUUAUUUUAUUGAUGAAAAGGAUGGGUUUCAGAGGGUUUUUUUUAAAAGUGGUAAAUUAAUCUUGUCCUCCCCCCCCCGGGCGCAAAACACUACCAUACGCCUCUGGCCCCAAGACCAACAUUUUGCCCCGCUGGCCGCAGAUCAUUUGUUACCAAAACAAAAAAAAAAGGGGGGGGGGAGGGGGGCUGUUAUUUUAUUGAUGAAAAGGAUGGGUUUCAGAGGGUUUUUUUUAAAAGUGGUAAAUUAAUCUUGUCCUCCCCCCCCCGGGCGCAAAACACUAGCAUACGCCUCUGGCUCCAAGACCAACAUUUUGCGCCGCUGGACGCAGAUCAUUUGUUACCUGUAGUAGUAAUAGUUGACCAUUAACACAUUUUGCUAUUGUUCCAGGAAGGGUGGCAUCUUAAUGCUGCUGUACUUGUCCAUCUCCAUCGUGAGUCUUGUGGUGACCACCAUCUCUAAUCUACUGUUGCGUGAUGGCUACUCAGCCACCUGUCUCUCCCUGGGGGACCAGCAAACAGCCCUAGGGUAAGUACUCAAUGCGAACACCCCUGGGGUAAGUACUCAAUGCAAACACCCCGGGGUAAGUGCUCAAUGCAAACAGCUCUGGGGUAAGUACUCAAUGCAAACAGCCCUGGGGUAAGUACUCAAUGCAAACAGCCCUGGGGUAAGUGCUCAAUGCAAACAGCCCUGGGGUAAGUGCUCAAAGCAAACAGCCCUGGGGUAAGUACUCAAAGCAAACAGCCCUGGGGUAAGUACUCAAAGCAAACAGCUCUGGGGUAAGUACUCAAUGCAAACAGCCCUGGGGUAAGUACUCAAUGCAAACAGCCCAAGGCUAAGUACUCAAUGCAAACAGCUCUGGGGUAAGUACUCAAUGCAAACAGCCCAAGGGUAAGUAUUUAAUGCAAACAGCCCAAGGGUAAGUACUCAAUGCAAACCCCCCAAGGGUAAGUACUCAAUGCAAACAGCCCAAGGGUAAGUACUCAAUGCAAACAGCCCAAGGGUAAGUACUCAAUGCAAACAGCCCAAGGGUAAGUACUCAAUGCAAACAGCCCAAGGGUAAGUACUCAAUGCAAACAGCCCAAGGGUAAGUACUCAAUGCAAACAGCCCAAGGGUAAGUAGUCAAUGCAAACAGCCCAAGGGUAAGUACUCAAUGCAAACAGCCCAAGGGUAAGUAGUCAAUGCAAACAGCCCAAGGUUAAGUACUCAAUGCAAACAGCCCAAGGGUAAGUACUCAAUGCAAACAGCCCAAGGGUAAGUACUCAAUGCAAACAGCCCAAGGGUAAGUACUCAAUGAAAUUUUUAAUUUUCCAAUGGGUGUCACCCUUAGGAGGGUGUCACCCUUAGGAGGGCGUCACCCUUAGGAGGGCGUCACCCUUAGGAGGGUGUCAACCGGUGCGGUCAGCGCCCACCGCAUAUUGAUGCUUCUGUGUUGGUCCAAUCCAUGUUGACUCCCCGCUGCCGGUGUGCUGUUUGUAGAGCGUUGGUCCUUUAAGUGUCCUCACGAGUUGGAGAGCGUAGGUCCUUUAAGUGACGUCACGAGUUGGAGAACAAGUUUGUCCCUUUGAAAACUAGGAUGGAAAUAACUUCCAUAAUCAUUGGUUUAUGUUUGCACUGGCAUGACAUAGGAUUGUCCUCCAUAUUCCACUGGCAUGUCAUAGGAUUGUCCUCUACAUUCGACUGACAUGUCAUAGGAAAGUCCUCCAUAUUCCACUGGCACAUCAUAGGACUGUCCUCCAUAUUCCACUGGCACAUCAUAGGACUGUCCUCCAUAUUCCACUGGCACAUCAUAGGACUGUCCUCCAUAUUCCACUGGCACAUCAUAGGACUGUCCUCCAUAUUCCACUGGCAUGUCAUAGGAGUGUCCUCUAUAUUCCACUGGCAUGUCAUAGGAAUGUCCUCUAUAUUCCACUGGCACAUUAUAGGACUGUCCUCCAUAUUCCCCUGGCAUGUCAUAGGAGUGUCCUCUAUAUGCCACUGGCACAUCAUAGGACUGUCCUCCAUAUUCCACUGGCAUGUCAUAGGAAUGUCCUCUAUAUUCCACUGGCACAUCAUAGGACUGUCCUCCAUAUUCCACUGGCAUGUCAUAGGAGUAUCCUCCAUAUUCCAUUGGCAUGUCAUAGGAGUAUCCUCCAUUUUCCACUGGCAUGUCAUAGGACUGUCCUCCAUAUUCCACUGACAUGUCAUAGGAGUAUCCUCCAUAUUCCACUGGCAUGUCAAAGGAGUAUCCUCCAUAUUCCACUGGCAUGUCAUAGGAGUGUACUAUAUUCCACUGGCACAUCAUAGGACUGUCCUCUAUAUUCCACUGGCUUGUCAUAGGAGUGUCCUCCAUAUUCCACUGGCAUGUCAUAGGGGUAUCCUCCAUAUUCCACUGGCAUGUCAUAGGAGUGUCCUCCAUAUUCCACUGGCAUGUCAUAGGAGUAUCUCCAUAUUCCAUUGGCAUGUCAUUGGAGUGUCCUCACAUCAGAUUUGGAACCAAUUUUGUGCAUAAGUACUUGAUUUUAAACUCCAGAAUAUUUAUUAACAUGCAUUACCAGAGAGGCAGAGACACAAAGCAGGAAAUAUCCUCGACGGAAAUUUGAUCGACGGAAAUGUGAUUAAUUUCUCAUUUCAGCAUCUCGUGUCGCCACCUGAACAACAGGGACGUAACUCUCCUGGAACUGGCGGACACGCAGAUAGCCAACAAUGUCCACAGGGCCA